AACUCCUCUCCGCAAUCAAUCACAGUACUCUCAACAUUUCUUGCACCACCAGUUUCUACACCGACUUCUCAUUCCUUCCGGCAUAGCAAUGGCAGCACGCCUGAUAUGUACUCUCUGGAGAUUCAUCUCGCAUGAUACGGGCCUCCACUCGCAAAAUGCUGUUCUCUCAACCCUUUGCUGUCAACCAGACUUACCAUUCCCCAGGUUUCCUAGGUUUGUCUUGACCCACUGUUCAUCUCCGUUCAAUACCGAUAUGAGCCCCAUCUCUUACCCCGUCUCAUGGCUUUUGCACAAUUCCAAUUUUCCGGCACAGUCAGCGCAUUGAAAAUUUGACAGUUCAGUGAAGCAGUCAAUUAUGCUUUACGAAGCGCAUCUUUGGCCUGACAAGAUGACUUCUGACCCACGAGUCCAAUGAA